AUGCCCACUCUCUCAAAAGUCAUUGCCUUCAAGGUCCCGACUAAUCGCGUUGCCGCCAUCAAGGCGGCCAGAGUUAUCCGGUCCAUCAAGAGCCGAUACCGAACACAAGCCUUUUUGUUCCUGGCCUACCACUUCUUCCUCACGUCGCCCAUGCACCUGGACAUCUUCAUCAUGUUCUUCAUCCUCAGCGUUUCGCCGGGCGCUGCCGCGCACAAUGCGAACCUGAUGCUACCCGCCACAUGCGAGCCACCAUCAGAGCAUAACCCGCCCAAACGAGCAACAUGGAUUGUCUUCGGAGCGACCGGUCACAUAGGCCGUUCCCUCGUUCGCGCGAUACUGGCACACGGAGACCAGUGCACCGCCGUGGGAUGGACCGAAGAGAACACACCAGAGCAAAUGGAGAAGUGGAACAGUAAAAACUGUCUGGGACUACUAUGCGACGUGAGAGUCCGUGAGACUGUGCAUCAGGUGUUCAAGAAGAGUAUCCAUCAUUGGGGCCAGGUGGACGUCAUAGCGAACAGCACCGGCUACGGCGUCAUAGCAGCAUGUGAAGACCAGGACGACUACGACCUGCGCAAUCAGUUCACCACAAACUUCCUCGGUACUCUUCACAUCAUACAGCUGUCUCUCCCCUACUUUCGCGCCCAAAAUUCUGGCCGUUACCUCAUCUUCUCCUCCACAGCCGGUGCACUUGGCGUGCCAGGACUUGGCCCGUAUUGCGCGACCAAAUAUGCCGUCGAGGGCCUCAUAGAGUCCAUGCUAUACGAGGUCGAUAUUUUCAACAUCAAAGCAACCCUGGUUGAACCCGGCCAUGUCCGACUGGAUGAACCAGAUGACAACAUGUCACUCACCAGUCAUACGUCGGCCCUCACUCCAUGCGCAGGUCCUCCAAAGCCAAAACGUUACGGCCACUUUUCCGUAAAGCCGAAUCCUAGCGAGCCAUACUCUACACUGACUAGUCCCGCGCAACAUGCGCGUCGGAUGGUACAGUGGUUGAAUGAUCGACAGCCAGUGAGCGCUGUGAAAAGCGCCGAACUGGUGUGGCAGCUGGGCCAUUGUAGUUAUCCUCCCUUACGCCUGAUUUUGGGUAGCUAUGCUGUAGAGAGUAUCCGAGAUCGAUUAAAAAGUAUCACUGAAGAGAUUGAGGAUUGGAAGCAUCUUUCGUUCCCCGUAUCUAUGCCCGAAGAGGAAGGCGGGAGGGACCAGUUGAAAGAGGAGCAGGAGCAGGACGAGGAACAAGAUCAGGAGUGA